CAUCGCUAGAGUGUCUGCUGCGGUCUUCUUUCUAAAUUUAUUUUCUUGAUUUUAACAAAGCCUUGAAUAAUGUAAACUAAUUAGUUUGGUAUCCAUGGGUCCCAAAUGCGCGCGCGUUGCCUAGAAAGCUGAAAAGCGAAUCAGUUUUCGUGCGGAUAUAAGCUUUGCUGGCUUUUCUUCCUGCUGCUUGUGCUUCUCGUCCGACGGCCAUUAAUGACACACACCAGAGAAAACGGGAAAACAAUUCAGCGUGUGUGUGUAUGGUGUAGUGUAGUGUAUGUGCGGUAAAUUGUUGUAAGCUCGGAAAACUCGAAGAAUUCAGUGGGAACAGGAAAGGAAAAGUGAGCUCCAGUUGAGGCCUUACAUCGCAAACAUUUCUUCGACUGCAAGCGGCGUACAGGGUGAACCGUGCACAAGAAAAGAAGUCAAGGCAUAUGUACCUGCACUGUUUUCUGGCCUUAGAACAGCUGUGCAUAAGGGAGCACUCGGUGGAGAAAUCAAGAGCUAACCAGAAGAGCCAAAGGCACUAAAAGUCGAAGCCAUGUCCAGCGAGGAAGACAAACCGCCGGCGCCGCCCGUGCGUCUCACUAGCAAUCGAGGCGGCAUCGAACGAUCCGCCGGAGGAGGAGUGGGCGUCGGGGGCGGAGGACUGGGAGGCGGCGAUGUACCUCCCGACAUGCGUCCGCUGCCCAAGGAACCUGACGACUCCGACCGGAAGAAAAAGACGCUAAAGAGCAAGAUCAAGGGAUCGAAGCCCUCGCACACGGACUCAAAGCCAAACAUCUCCUAUCCUACGAACUUUGAGCACACGGUCCACGUGGGAUUCGAUGCUGUCACCGGCGAGUUUACCGGCAUGCCAGAGGCAUGGGCGCGACUGCUGAUGAACUCGAACAUCAGCAAACAGGAGCAGAAGAAGAAUCCCCAGGCCGUGCUCGAUGUGCUCAAGUGGUUCGACAACACUACCAAACAGCGGCCAAGUUCCAAGUACAUGACAAAUGCCAUUACGACGCAUUCAGGCUCCUCGCUUAGUCGUGUCAGCAGCAGCAGUCCGAGCAGCACCCCUACUGACUCGGAGCUGCAUGGCUCCAAUAGCGGUGGCAACCUGAUCGGCGUACAGUUGGGCAGCAUGACUCUGGGACCCAAUGCCAACAACGUAGCGGUGGCUGGCCAAAUCCUUGGCAACCACUACCAACAGCAGCAGCACCUCCUUCAGCAGCAGCAACAAUUGCACCAGAACCACAACCAGCAUCACAUGGGCAUAAGUCAGUCGCACUCGUACAACUUUGUCGGUCACACGACCUCCGCAUCCACAUCGCAACAUUCAUCCGCCAACGAGGACGAUAUGCUGGGACCUCAGCAUCCGAAUCCGCAGCAGCCGCCUCCACCCCCGGUGGCUUCUAGGCCGGAGCGCACGAAAUCUAUCUACACGCGGCCAAUUGAAGAUCUGCAGCCAGCCAUCAUACCUAUGCCAGCAGCACCAGCGACAACCCCCACAACGCCACUGCAAAAUCAUAGGACGCAAGGGGGUAUAACAGCGCCAGUAGGAUCACAGAUGCUCCACAACAAUGCUACGACGACGCUGGAUAAGAACAAGAAUAAUGCAAAUCUGUACACAACGGAACCAACGGUAGGCCAGGUGGCAGCCGCUGCUCCUCCGCCAGCGGCUGGCAACCAAAUAGCUGUGCCCCAGGCGGCUGUAGGUGCUGCUGUCACGCCCAACACCCGGGCAGCCAACGCCAAGAAGAAAAAGAUGUCCGACGAGGAGAUCCUGGAGAAACUGCGCACCAUCGUUUCCGUGGGCGACCCAAAUCGAAAGUACACCAAGAUGGAAAAAAUUGGACAGGGAGCCUCUGGUACCGUGUAUACGGCUAUAGAAUCGUCUACGGGCAUGGAGGUGGCCAUCAAGCAGAUGAACCUGUCACAGCAGCAAAAAGAGCUGAUCAUCAACGAGAUCUUGGUGAUGCGGGAGAACAAGCAUCCUAAUGUGGUCAACUACCUUGACAGUUACUUGGUGUCUGAGGAGCUGUGGGUGGUUAUGGAGUACCUGCCUGGCGGCUCACUUACCGACGUAGUGACCGAGACCUGUAUGGACGAAGGCCAGAUCGCAGCCGUCUGCCGAGAGGUUCUGCAAGCCCUGGAAUUCCUGCACGCCAACCAGGUCAUCCAUCGCGACAUCAAGAGUGAUAACAUCCUGCUGGGCCUCGACGGCUCUGUCAAACUGACUGAUUUCGGUUUCUGUGCGCAAAUAUCGCCGGAGCAAUCCAAACGCACAACGAUGGUCGGUACUCCCUACUGGAUGGCGCCCGAGGUGGUCACCCGGAAACAGUACGGACCAAAGGUGGAUCUGUGGUCGCUAGGGAUCAUGGCCAUUGAAAUGGUUGAGGGCGAACCGCCGUACUUGAAUGAGAAUCCGCUAAAAGCCUUGUACCUCAUUGCCACUAAUGGCAAACCCGAGAUUAAAGAAAAAGACAAGCUGUCCGCAGCAUUUCAGGAUUUCCUCGACCAGUGUCUGGAGGUGGAGGUAGAGCGGCGAGCCAGUGCAUUGGACUUGCUGAAGCAUCCCUUCCUGAAACUGGCCCGUCCAUUGGCCAGUCUGACGCCUUUGAUCAUGGCCGCAAAGGAGGCAACCAAGGGCAACUGAUUGACAACCAAGAAGAAACCGCUCAUUUAACCAUUACUAAUGAAUUACUACUGCAGAAAACAACAAGAACAGCAACAACCACAAUAGCAACAAUAACAGUUAUGCAUAUGAACAGAUGAUGAAUUAUUAAUGAUUAUGAUUACUAUUAUUAAUUAUUUAUAUAAACGUAUUAUAUACACACA